AUGUCAUCGACCCUUCUCGAAUCGACUGUGUCGGUUGAUGAAAAUAAUGAUGAUUUCCUAGGGGAUACUCUACCGCCUUUUGCUAACGAGGAAAUCAAAGAGAAAUUCAAACAACUCAAGGCCCGCGAUCGUAAAUGCGAAGAGCUGGAGACAGCUGCGGUUGAGGAAAGGGAGAGGAUCAAGAAUAUGCAGGACCAUCUAGUGAAUGUACAGAAAGAGAUUAAAAACUCAGAGGCUCUGCUGGAGUUCAAACGGAAGGAGAAAGAGUCUAAGGAACAUGUGAAUUUCGUGGCGCGUGACGCUGACUACAAAGCUCAUUUUAGUUGA